GCCCCAUUUAGUGACAGAAAUCAUUUUCAUUGAUGCUCUUACACAGGGAGCCUUGUUUUAAUUUGGUAGGAAACAGGAAAUGUUACGUUGUGUCGUUUCCAACUUGGAACCGUAGAAGAAGAGGGGGCGUGUUGCUACAAGCUAACCAGCUGCUAGCUGAGAGCUAAACUUGGAUUUCUACUUUCACUUUCUGACAGUUAGGAAGACUGUCUGUGGAGCUUUCGUGGAAAACGAAACUAGACGCUGGCAUUGUUGUCUUUGGUUCAGUUUGAAUCUUAGAUGUAGUGGUUUAACUGUGUUCGUAUGCGAUAUUCACCCCUUGUAGCCCCGAGGCGUUUAAAAGUUUGUACGGCUAGCCAACAAAACUAAGAAGCACGCAGGUAACGUCCUCCCACCAGCUAGCUUUAGCGGCUAGCUCCCGCUAGCAUGGACGCUGGAGUAAACAUGCAGAAUAAUGAAGAGAAGCGUGCUGAAAAAUCAAUGGACGACUACCUGAAGUCACUGGGUCUGCAUCGGAAGAAGAUAGCCAAAGAUGGGUCGUGUUUGUUUCGGGCUGUCGCCGAACAGGUGCUGCACUGUCAGAGCCUUCACACUGAAGUACGGGCCCAGUGUGUGGAGUUCCUGAAGAGGAACAGAGACGUGUAUGAGGCGUUUAUUGAAGGCGACUUUGAGGCCUACCUGUGCAAGCUUCAGGACCCACAGCAGUGGGUUGGAGAAGUGGAGAUCAACGCACUGGCUGUCAUGUACAAGAGGGAUUUUCUGAUCUACCAGGAGCCUGGGAAACCUGCUGUGCCCAUCACCGACAACAACUUCAAGGACAAGGUGCAGCUGUGUUUUCUGAAUGGAAAUCACUAUGACAGCGUUUAUCCCACUCGCCACAUUAAGAGCGCUGCCAUGUGCCAGUCCAUCCUGUACGAGCUGCUGUAUGAGCGCGUGUUUAAGGUGGACCGGAACAUGCUGGCGGGUCUUGGUCAGCGCGGCAGCCGACUCCUCCACGCGCUCAGUGACGACAGCCUGCCCACCUGCGUGAGCAGCGACGAGUCCGAGCUGGACUCCAGCGACACGUUAAGGGCUGAGAAGGAAACAACUUCUGCGAGACACAAGGGCCGUGGGCGUGGUCGCCUGUCUGAGAGCCUGAGGCGUUCACUGAAUCCGACUCUGUACAGAAAUGUGGAGUACAACGUGUGGGAGAAAAGCAAGAAAGCCCAACAGAAGUUGGACUAUUGCAUCGCUGCUGGGAUGCAGUACACUGUUGGAGACCGGUGCCUGGUCCGACUCGAGAGCGGUGGACGGAGCUACAGUGCAACGGUCAAAGAGGUUCCUCCCAACCACAACUAUGUGAUGGUCUUCAUAGAAGACCUGGGCUUAAAACAGGUUCCUCUGUGGACUUUGCGUCCUUUCAAUGAGGAGGUCAGCUGGAGCACGGUGGCAAACAGGGACAAGAAACUGAACAACGGACACGGAGACGGUGAACAGAGAUGUAAAGGCAGAGGCCGGGGGAAGCCCCCCCCAGCAUCCUCCUCUGUUGCCCAGGCGACGACCCCGGGCUCUGGUGGGCGCGUGCAGAAGCAACACUCUGUGGAGGAGCAGGGCGGGACCAAAAGCAGCAGAACGUCUGGGAGCACAGCAGACUCUGUGCUGUUCGGCCUGACGGAGGAGCAGCGAUUGGCCAGAGAGGAGGAGGAGAGGAACGUGGCCCUUGUUGAGAUCCAGCUGAGAGAUGAACACAGCUUCCCUGCGCUGGGGGUUCAGUCUGUGAUGCAGGGCGAUGGAGGAAAGAGGAAGGGAGGAGAGAAGAAAAGGCCCCAGAGACACAGCACGAAAAGUCCGGUGGAGAGCUUUAGAGCGGCGCCCCCUGCUGGCGAAAGGCCCACAUCCUCCACUCCACCGCCUGCCAGCGCAGCUGCUGCAGCUGCUGCUGCUGCUGCAGCUGCUGCUGCUGCUGCAGCAUCGGCCGACUCACAGCCCAACUCUCACGUCGCUGCUGCAGCUCCUGGACCCCCACUCGCCUCUGCUGCGCCGGCUGCUAAAGCGAGCGCCCUGUCCUACGCCUCAGCUGCCGGUGCUCCGCCGUGUUCUCCUCCACCUGCUGCUGCCCCGGACACCAAGCCUGUAGCAGGAGGCGCUGCGCCGUCGUCCGCCUCUGUCUUCUCCAUCGUGACCCCCAUUCUCCCUGCUGCUUCAUCCACCUCCUCCUCCUCCUCAGGUCUCCAUCCUAAAACCACAGCUUCUCCGCCUUCGUCCUCGGCCGUUCCACCUCCUACUUUCAUCGCUCCCAUCGCUCCGUCUCCUGUUGCUGCGCAGAGCUUCCUUGCUUCCGGCUCUUUCCCCCGUUCUUCACCGUCUUUCUCCACUCUGCCCCACUCCCCCAGUCCGCCCGCCUUCUCUCCCCUCACAGUCCAGAACCCCUCCUCCUCUCCUGUUAUCCGUCAUGCUGUCCAGGUCCAGGAGGCUCCAGCACAAACUCCAGAUUCUUUACCACAUGCUGAAGCCCCUCUCACUGCACCCCAGACCUUUCAGAGCCAGAGUUCUCCAGCUCAGAUUCAGCCCCAAGCAUAUCACAACCAGAUUUCUGUGUCCCAGCCCCAGGCACCGCUACCCCAGGCUGAGACACCAGCUCAGAUGGAGGUUCAGGGCUCAUCUGGGUCCCAGGCCCAGUCCGCUCUGUCCCAGCACACCCCUCAGGCCCAGUCCGAGUUUGCCCAUGUUCAGGCAUCUCAAUGUCCUCCUGAAGCUUCCCAUCCUAAUGUUCCUCAAGGUUCUGUCCCGUCCUCGGCCCACGUGCAGCUCCAGUCCCCCGUCAGUCAGCCUCCGUUACCUCCUCAGUCGAUCCGGGCUCCUCACCCCUCCCUAGUCCCACAUCCCUCCCCCUCACUCUCCAUUGGUCUGACUCAUCCCUCUCUUCAAACCGAAACCCCCAACACCCCGGAUAAGAUGGAGGCUCCACCCCCUGCUGUUCAGAAUCCUCAGACUGAACCGCCUGCUCAUCCUCUGUCCCAACAACCGCAACCUCCUCACCCACUACUUCCCUCUCAGUCCAUUCCUGGAACAGUUCCUCUGCAGCAACUGUCCCAGCUCUACCAGGACCCCCUGUACCCCGGUUUUCCCCAGGAAGAGAAUGGCGCCAUAGUGACACCCCCACCCUUCUCCUCCAGCAAGUCUGGAGAAGACCUGCCUAAAGACGUCAACAUCUUGAGGUUUUUCUUCAAUUUGGGCAUCAAGGCGUACACGUUGCCCAUGUUCCCUCCUUGGAUAUACCUCACGCCCCUCCAGCAGGCCUACGCACUUCACCCCAAACUUCCCUCCCGCUCACCCUCCCCGACCCCCCAGAUCCCCCCCUCCAGCUCUCCGGUCAAACAGCAAGAGGCCUACCCUCAGUAUCCACUGAAUCCAGCAUCGGCGCCGGCUCAGUACGACCACCAGGCCCCAGUCCCUGAGCCGCAUCGCCCCAGUGAGCCCCCCUUCAACCAGGCUACAUACCCCAUCGCUCAGCCUCCGCCCCAAAGAAUGCCGUGGCAGCAGCAGCAGAUGCCCCCACCUAGCAACUCCAGCUACCCAGUAGCGUACCCCUCCCCAACGCCACCAUACCCAGUUACCCUGCCUCCGUCCCAAGGUUACCCCUCAGGUCAAGACCCUGGACACCCAGCAAUGCCCCCAGCAAUGCCCCCAGCAAUGCCCCCAUACCCCCCGUCCUCACUGGGAUAUCAUCAGGCAUCCACCCCUGAUGAGUUCCAGGGCACCAAAGCGACAGUGGCCCACCAUUCACCAGCCAACGGGGACACGAUGCCUGGCCAUGGUCUCGGCAGAGUUCACGCUCCACUGGAGGUUCCGGCUGCAGCUAAUGUGGCUAAGGCUAACAACAGGCCGAUGGUGGCUCAUGCCACCAAUAGUUUUGGUUUCAAGAAGGAGCAGGAAGAGAGUGUGCUGCUGGUGGACCCGCCACUCAACAACAUACCAAUACAUGUCAACAUGAUGACCAUGACGACCAGCGGCAUCCCCGGACCUCAUGACAUCACCUCCAAACCACUGGUCCCUGUCGACAUCAACCCCUCUUGUGUCUAUCGGGGCCACCGAAAACCAUACAUGAGGGCGGGGGCCGCGGAGCCCAGCCAGGUUCACUGCCUGCCGCCCAUUGCCAUGUCAGAGGGUCUGUCUGUGGCCUGCAGCACCGAGGACGACCCGGAGGAGGAGGUGUUCAACCCCUCGGGCACGCACUACCGCAUGCCGAGGAGGAGCUACAGAGGCAGAGGGAGGGGAGGCCAUGACGGGUGGAGGGGAGGACAGAGGAGGAUGGGCUUCAACCACAGCCCGUACGGCCCCUCGUACGUGGGGCAGAGCUGGGCCAGAGGCUACCAGCCCUGAGUGAGGACGCGGAGCUCGCUUUGUUCUUCACGGCUUUCUGGGGUUCAUGCUGUGGUUUAUCAAAUCAUUUUGAUGCCUUAUAUUUCUCAUCACUGUUUAAACCCCGUCAUAGAAAUGGCGGAAACAAUCCGUUAGGUCUGUAACAUCUUGUUGCUUUCUGUCCAGCUCGUAGUCAAACACUACCGACCUCAUAGCUGCUCUUUAGUUUGUCAGCAUGUAUUUUACACUUCUCAAUAGCUGGAUUUAGAGGUUUAUAGAAUAAAUGCUUUGCACGAGCUGAAAGUAACAAGUGUCUGCGUCGUUAAGAGGUAAAACAUGUCCCAAAGCGCUCUGAGCCCCGACGGUACCGACCGUCACGGGAAACUUAAACUAACAAGAAAAUACUCACGUGGAGCUGACACCAAAGAUUGUCGCGUCUUUUCUUUAAAAAUCUGAUUCUAUUCAAACUUUGGCAAAAGCCUUUUGAUGGAUUCAUGUGACAUGUUGGUGGAACUGAGCUACAGGGGACUUUACACUAAUGGUUGAGCUUUUAGAGUUAGCUUAGCAUAGCGCUAGGUCUGGAAAUGAAGUGAAUCAAAUGAGAUGUAAACCUGUGAGCGCUCCUUAACUCACCAGCUGUUGGCUGAAGUUACAUAGUCAUUUUCAAUUUAUUGUCCCUUGUCUAAUUCUGAGCAAAAAGGUCGACUUUCCCAAACGGAACUGUUUCUUUAGAGGAAUGCCGCUUUCUUCCAUACGUUGAAUGUAUAGUAACAACUGAGAGCUCAGCAUCAUGUAAACUCUCUCCGCAGCAGCUGAAGCAUGUGUAUAUAGGGCUAAUUUGAUUUUUAAUUUGUGUGUUUUGUUUCACACGUCUCUCGAUGAGCUCCAACCUCUGCAGAGACUGUGCCUUGUUUGUGCCUUUCUUUUCCUGAGUCUGAGAGACUUUACUGAACAGGGCAAAAGCUGUUUGGACUUUUCUAUGUGAUCAAAUAAAUGAAUCUGAAAACCAAA